AUGGCAAUUGAAUUAGAAGAGCCGCAAAUUGAGAGCAAUGCACAAGUACUUAAAGACUUGUUUGCCGGUACUAUGGGUGGUAUUGCCCAAGUUCUAGUGGGCCAACCGUUUGAUACCGUUAAAGUCCGCUUACAGUCAGCUCCUGAGGGAACCUAUACCGGCGCCAUAGAUGUUAUCAAACGAUUGAUAAAAAACGAAGGGUUUGCAGGAUUUUACAAGGGAACUUUGACUCCUUUGGUUGGUGUUGGAGCUUGUGUAUCUGUUCAGUUUUCAGUCAAUGAAUUUAUGAAACGGUACUAUGACAGAAAACUACAAGGUCAUUCGUUGAGUUUAAUCAAUUACUUCAACUGUGGUGCAGUUGCAGGAUUUGCAAAUGGGUUCUUGGCGUCGCCCAUUGAACAUAUUCGUAUAAGAUUGCAAACUCAAACUGGAACACAAAAGACUUUUAAUGGUCCAUUGCAUUGCGCAAAGAAAAUAUAUGAAAUUGAUGGUAUACGAGGAAUUUAUAAAGGUUUGGGACCAAGUUUAGUAAGGGAGUCUGUUGGAUUGGGUAUAUAUUUUGCAACAUAUGAAGCCUUGAUUGCCAAAGAUUUGAAACAUCACAGUGGAUUAACCAGAUCUCAAAUCAAACCUUGGAAAUUAUGUUUGUAUGGUGGCUUGAGUGGGUAUAGUUUAUGGAUUGCAAUUUACCCCGUUGAUGUGAUCAAGUCAAAAUUACAAACAGACGCUUUAAAAGCAGCGCAGUAUAAAUCUUCUCUUUCUGUGAUACGUGACGUUUGGACUAAACAGGGAAUUAAAGGGUUUUACAAAGGUUUCUUGCCUACCAUCUUGAGAGCUGCCCCAGCAAAUGGUGCAACCUUUGCCGUUUUUGAAUUGACCAUUAGACUUUUAAACAAAUAG